AAGUCCUUCCUGUUUGUUUAGAAUCUCAUUUGAACAGAUUAUCAGCUUCUGAAAGUCUUCGAAGAGCUUAAAGUUAGAUUUUAUCCACAAAGCCAACAUGAGGAUGAAAGUCUACUUUUUUUUUUGGGUGCACCUUACACUUUCUUCAGGACUCUCCAUCCCAAGAUUAGAUGGAGAAAUAUUCGAGGUUGAAAACAACACAACUAAAGAAGAUUUGACUCUUGACGACAUCCGUGAGCCUCCAAAGUUUCAAAGGAGCAGCCUUCUUCCUGGAGAUAAACUAUGGUCAUCCCCAGUUCCUUAUGUCUUGGAUAAAGGCCUGGAUUUGACAGCUAAAGGAGUGAUCAUGAGAGCCUUUGAGCAGUUCAGAGUGAAGUCAUGCAUUGAUUUCAAACCCCGGGACUCAGAAGAUUAUUACAUCAACAUCCAGAAGUUAGACGGUUGCUGGUCAUAUAUUGGUCGAGUAUUCUCCAAUGGACAGGACCUCUCUAUUGGUGCAGGCUGUGACAGCAUUGCCAUUGUUGAACAUGAGCUUCUUCAUGCUCUUGGUUUCUACCAUGAACAGUCUAGAUAUGACAGAGAUGAUUAUGUACGGAUUGUACUCGCCAACAUCCAAACAGGUCAAGAGGAUAAUUUUGACAAGGCUAGCAGUGAGGAGAGCACUACAUAUGGAGUCCCAUAUGACUACAUGUCAGUGAUGCACUAUGACAAAUAUGCAUUCACAAAUGGCAACGGCUUAACAAUUAUUACCAUUGACCCUAAAUACCAAGAUGUGAUUGGUCAAAGGCUGGAAAUGAGUCCUAGUGAUGCUCUAGAGCUGAACUUCCGCUACAACUGCAAGUCAACUGUUGCCUUUAAUUCUUACUGUGGCUUUUCGAGUGGAACAAUGUGUCAAAUGAGCCGCUGCUCACAGGGUGGGAUUGGCUGGGAAGUCGUUACUAAAGUUCAUGGAGGCCCCAGUUCUGACCACACCAGUCUACCAAGUGGAAAUGGAGAUAAUGGUAAAGAAACUGGGUACUUCAUUCAUGUGAGCACAACAUCAGGACAAAAGGGAGAUUCAGCGCGAAUGGAAACCGAAAGAGUGAAGCCUACCAGGGCAUGUAAUGUCCAGUGUCUGCAGUUCUACUAUUUCCACAAAGGAAAAGAGUCAGAUGUACUUAAUAUCUGGAUCAGAGAGUUUCAAAAUGAGCAGCACACCACAGGAACUCUUCGCCUUAUGGGACAAAUAACUGGUUCACCAACAUCUCACUGGAAACUCCACCAUGUUUCCUUGAAUGCCACCAAGGACUUCCAGGUGGUGUUUGAGGUUCGGAAAGGAGCAGGAAACUCACCAGGAGGUUUCUCAAUUGAUGACAUCAAUCUCUCAGAGACAGAGUGUCCACACUUUGCCUGGCAGAUUGAUGACUUUGAGAGUCUUUUAAACACAAGCAGUUAUGGAGUCUUAAUGUACAGCCCACGACAAUUCUCCAAAGACGGCUAUGCAUACCGUGUAAUUGCUGGACUUUUCAAAACAUCUGUUGGAAUGUACGUGCAGCUCGUGUCUAGUGAGAAUGAUGGCCAGCUGCAAUAUCCUUGUCUGCAAAGACAUAUGAUUUUCCAGUUGAUGGAUCAAACCCCGAACAAGCAACUGCAAAUGUCCAAGCAAAAUACUUUUGUUUCUGAUGAAAAUCAAGUAGUAUCUGGUCGCUCUGCCUGGGACAAUCCUAGGAAGACUAAAUAUGGAUCAUUUUCUGAGAAUGGAGAACUAAUCUAUAAUGGGCCUGGCUGGGGGUUUGGGUCUUUUUUAACAUUAGAAGAAUUGAAAUCCAGAGAGUUCCUCAAGGGAGGAAGCGUCAUUUUGAUGUUCAACUUUGAAGAUCUCACCCCACUAAUCAAUGGAACAGCUUUACCAUGUCCUCAGUUAAGACCAGUGAACAUAACAAAUCCUCCACCAAAUAGGAAUGAAAGUCCAUGCUCUGCAGGCAUUUUUUCCUUCUGUCCUGGUAUGGUGGCCUCUCCCAUCCUCUCUGUUCUCCUGGCGUUUAUCCUUCUGCUGUCAUGAUGCACGCCUCCCAAAUAAACCUCCAUAGGCAGCAAAAAUGAUUAUAAAUUUCUCCCAGCUAUGCAUAUAUGUUAUAAUGACAAUGUGAAAGUUGUGAACUCUUUGUGCAACAACAAAUAGGGAAGCUUAGUAUUACUUUAAGAUAUUAGCUUAUUUUUAAAGUAAUAUCUAACUUUGUAGCUUCUAUUCAACAAUAUUUGGAGAUGGGACUUUAUUUUUAUUAAAUAUUUGCCUGCAGAUUAUUGAAGAUUUCUGCAAAACCUGAUUGAAGUAUGAUUUUGUUUUUAUAACUACUACACCUAUUCAAAGCUAUAUAUUUAAACAUGGGUGCUUGGUAGAUUAAUGGUAAAGGACAUGUUUUAAUUAGAUAUGUGUGAUCUUUAGCUUUGCAAAAGCUAAACGAGUAAAUUAAGCUGAAAAAAAUCCAAAUUAGUCAUAUGUUGUAUCUUUUUAUCAAACACAUUUGAGAUUUUAUUUUCACUGCACACACACAAAAGAAAUCUAAUAAUUUCUUCCCCAUUAUGUAACGAUGAUGUAAUUCUUUUUUCUAUUAUUGUCCUCAUUUAUACUUUUGUACAGUGAGUUAAUUGGAUUUUAUUUGAAGGAUACAUAUAAGCAAAUAUCAAUAAACACCUACUAAAAAAACUUAAUUUUAUUCAGAGUUCAUCACAUUCUCUAUAACCUGUGUCAGACGUGAACUCAAGAAAACUAAAUGUACAAAAUAUUAGUUUAAGUUCGUGCACAUGGAGUAUAUGCAGCCAGUUCAAUAAAACUCUAUAGUUUCCUUUUAAUGCCUUUGAUAUGGAUGUGCAAUUCAAAAAGGAAAACCUGGCAUGUUAACAGGAGUACAUUUUGGGACUGUAUUUAGGGUUACUUGCUUUGGAGACCAUUUCAAGUCAUUCAAAUCUUUGAAUCUGCACUUCAAAUCUAAAUAGAAACAGUUUCAUUCUAUCAAUUAACAAUUUAUUAAGAUAUAUAACUGAAUUACAUUACUAGGAAUAGAAUUUCUGUGUAAAACAAAAACAGAUUCAGAACUUGCUGGAAUAUAUAUUCCAGCAAGUAUUGCAAAUAAUUCAUAAAUGAAGAGUAUUGGGGAAAAUAGAUUACUGCAGAGCCAGCUCAGAAUUCUUUAGCUCUGCUAAAACUUCAAGCUUUAGGAAAAGAAAAUAUCAAAGC